AUUGGUCACGCCAACCUGUCAGGCGAGUUUGAACUGUGACGGUACAGUGUACUGUGAUGUCGGUUUACAAAGAGAAUGCGCCAGGUUGUUUAUCCUUGACACAUUCCCCUAGUCUUCCGGAGCUAGGAAGCAAUACUGUCCUACACAAUGACUGCCAGACACCAGAGGGCAAGAAAAGGAGGCGAUUUGGUCGCCUUCGUUUGAGAAAAAGGAAACCUGCUGAACCAUCUGGUGAUCAAGCUGACACUCUUAGUCUUUGCUCUAUCUCUAGUCUUGCAAGCAUUUCAAGUGUUUCCAGUAUACGAAGUGUCAAAAGCAAGACACCACUCAGUAGAGUAACAGCACACUUUGCUCACUUAGUUGCUAGUUCACCACCAAUACGAGCUUUAAAGAGAACAUUUGACGGUGAAAACUCCAAUCCAUCCAAGAAGGCAUUUAAGCGCUAUCACAGUCCUGAAGUGAAGUACAAACCACGAGAAAAGAAGUGUUGGGUUGAAACUAUUGAAAAUUCUGAGAAUUUUAGUACAUCAGACAUCAAAAGACAAGAGGCUAUUCAUGAAUUGGUCACAACUGAAGAAGUGAUGAGAGAUGAUCUGACGAGUGUUGUUGAGUGUAUGUUUCAUCCUCUCAAGAAAAUUACGUUGUUGACUGCAGAAGAGCACAGUGCACUGUUUGGAUGUAUUGAUGAGCUGCUACCACUUCAUAAAGAUGUAGACUUGGACAUGGCUGACAUUGAACCUUACCGUUUUGAGCCUGAGCGUAGAGUAGUUGAUGAUUCUUGGGCAUAA